AUGCGUGCCGCGCCGCCGCCCGCGCCGCUCCUGCCGCCGCCGCUGCUGCUGCUGCUCGCGCUCCUGGUCGCGCCCGCCGCCCGCGCCAGCAGAGCCGAGUCUGCCCCGGCGCCGCGGCCCGAGCCCGAGCGCGAGUCGCGGCCGCCGCCCGGCCCGGGGCCCGGGAACUCCACCUGGACCGCGCCUGGCGCGGCGGGCAGCGGUGGCGGCAGCGCCAACAGCAGCGGCGACGCCUUGGUGACACGCAUCUCCACCCUGCUCCGCGACCUGCCUACCCUGAAGGCGGCCGUGAUCGUGGCGUGCGCCUUCAGCGCCCUCCUCAUCGCCUGCCUGCUGCUGCGCGUCUUCAGGUCGGGAAAGAGGUUAAAGAAGACCCGAAAGUAUGACAUCAUCACCACUCCAGCCGAGCGAGUGGAAAUGGCCCCGCUGAACGAAGAGGAUGAUGAGGAUGAGGACUCCACAGUAUUUGAUAUCAAAUACAGGUAAAAGCUGUCUUUCAGCAUGUUGGCAUCCUGUGGAAAGUUGUUCAGCUGCAGCCCGGGGUGUGAAGGAUCUGGAAGCUGAAGCUCUCUUGAAACCAAAACACACAUUAUUUAUAAAACUCUGGCUCCAUGGUGUGUGUUGGACAUCUGCUCAGAAUGUCACCGUCAAGCUUGUUUCCAAAUCACCACACAAGAGUCGUUUCUGCCACCCUUUCGGUGCCCCUUUAAAAUGUCACCGCUUCCUCUCCCCCUUUUAAGAGGUUUUUUUGACUUGCUAAUUGGUGAAGGGCAGAAACUGUGUUGAUUUAAAAAAAAUGUUUUUUAAGCAACUGUUGACAAUACUAAGAGUAGGAGGAUCAGGAAUCUAAAAGAAG